UGCCGGCCCGGCGAAGCUGUUCCUCUCUUGGCUUUCUUUACCCGCUCGGCUCUUCAGAUUCGCCAUAGAAUAACCGUCCGUCCCCUGCCCUUAUUGUAGACGAUAAAAAUCCCCGGGUGAUAGUUUGAGAUAUAAUGUUAGCGGGCUGAAAAUUUAUCUACCAAAAUGUCAAAAAGGCCAUCCUAUGCCCCACCUCCCACCCCUGCUCCCACAACCCAAAUGCCCAGCACACCAGGGUUUGUGGGAUACAAUCCAUACAGCCAUCUGGCCUACAACAACUACAGGCUGGGAGGGAACCCGGGCACCAACAGCCGGGUCACGGUAGGAGAAUCAACUAUUACAUCAUCCGGCAAACAACAGGAAUUGACCAGAAAUGGCUUUAGAGCUUCCUCUGGUAUUACAAUUCCCAAACCCCCAAAGCCACCCGAUAAGCCUCUGAUGCCCUACAUGAGGUACAGCAGGAAGGUCUGGGAUCAAGUGAAGGCAUCCAACCCUGACUUGAAGUUAUGGGAAAUUGGCAAGAUCAUUGGAGGGAUGUGGCGAGAUCUCACUGAUGAGGAGAAACAAGAGUACUUGAAUGAAUAUGAAGCAGAAAAGAUAGAGUACAAUGAAUCCAUGAAGGCCUACCAUAACUCGCCAGCUUACCUUGCCUACAUCAACGCAAAGAGUCGGGCUGAGGCUGCGUUAGAGGAAGAGAGCCGACAAAGGCAAUCACGCAUGGAGAAAGGUGAACCUUAUAUGAGCAUCCAGCCAGCAGAAGACCCAGAUGAUUAUGAUGAUGGAUUUUCUAUGAAGCACACAGCUACAGCCCGCUUCCAGAGGAACCACCGUCUGAUUAGUGAGAUACUGAGUGAAAGUGUGGUACCAGACGUCCGCUCCGUUGUCACUACAGCUAGAAUGCAAGUUCUCAAACGUCAAGUUCAGUCCUUAAUGGUUCAUCAGCGAAAACUGGAAGCUGAGCUCCUGCAAAUAGAAGAGCGCCACCAGGAAAAGAAGAGGAAGUUCUUGGAGAGCACAGAAUCCUUUAACAAUGAACUGAAGAGGUUAUGCAGUUUGAAGGUGGAGGUGGACAUGGAAAAAAUAGCAGCUGAAAUUGCUCAGGCUGAGGAACAGGCCCGCAAGAGGCAAGAGGAAAGGGAAAAAGAAGCAGCCGAGCAGGCUGAACGCAGUCAGACUAAUGCGGCACCUGAGGCAGAGCAAGCCGUUAACAAGACAGAGGAGAAGAAGGAAGAAGAGAGCACUCCCAUGGAGACAGAGGAGGCUCACCCAGAAGAAACUACAGAGAACCAGCAGAACGGUGAAGAAGGAACAUCCACACCAGAAGAUAAGGAGAGUGGCCAGGAAGGGGUUGACAGUACUGCAGAGGAAGGAACUAGUGAUAGUAACACUGGUUCAGAGAGCAAUAGCGCAACAGUUGAGGAGCCUCCAGCAGACCCUGCCCCCGAGGAUAGUGAGAAGAAAGAAUAA